GGACCGAUAUUUCGGUUCGGAAAUCCCAUUCCUGCAGUAGUGUUCAUUUGAAAUUUUGUAGGUUCUAAUUUUGUACCCAGAACAAUAGCUUGUUUUCGGGCUCAAAAACCAAAUUCCAUGACUGAUGAAGAGUGGACUUUUGAGCACCAACAGAGUUGUGGCUAUAUAAGGCAGUGGGUAAAAGACAAUGUCUUGAAUCACAUUGCAAAUAAGACUCAUGCAGGAACUUUGUUGAAAAAGCUCAAGACACUUUAUGCCUCAAAGACUGGCAAUAACAAGUUGUUUCAACUGAAGCGGUUGAUCAAUUUGAAGUGCAAAGAAGGAAGUCCUAUCUCAAAUCAUGUUUCUUGGACCAUUGUUGCUCCUAAUGGUGUUAUGACCAUGGAAUAUGCUAAGACUGGUGUCUUGAAUGAAGAGCGAAGAAGCAAAAACAAGGGUCAAGGAGGUAGAGAUAAAAGUAGAAGCAAGUCAAGGCCAAAGUACAAAGAUCUUGAACGUCACCACUGUGGUAAAAAAGGACAUAUUAAGAAAUGUUGUUUUCAACUUAAAAGGGAAAUGAGGCAAGAGAAGAAGAAAGAUGGUGAUAAUGAGAACCGUGUUGCUGCUGCUAUUGAUGGUGAUCUUCUUUUUGCUGGUGAUGAAAAUGUCAUCAAUUUUGCAUCUCAUGAGACAAGAAAGCUGGAUGAUGAUGGUUAUUGUAGUUCUUUCAAUGAUGGGCAAUGGAAACUUACUAAGGGCUCCCUUGUUGUGGCUCAAGGCUCCAAGUCUUCCAACUUGUAUUUGACGCAAGGCUCUAUUUCUAGUGGCUUUGUUAAUGUAGUUGGAAAAGAUGAAUCAUUAGAGUUAUGGCACAAGAGGGUUAGUCAUAUGAGUGCGAAAGGGAUAGAUUGUUUGGUCAAGAAGGAUGUGCUUUCUGGAUUAAAGGAAUCAAAGUUGGAAAAAUGUGUUCAUUGCUUGGUGAGUUCACAUGGUGGUGCACUUUAUUUUGUCACCUUUAUUGAUGAUCAUUCUAGGAAGCUUUGGGUUUAUCCCUUGAAGACCAAAGAUCAGGUUCUUGAUGUAUUUAAGCAAUUUCAGGCCUUGGUUGAAAGACAAACAGGCAAGAAAUUGAAGUGUAUCUGUAUAGACAAUGGUGGUGAAUAUUCUGGACCAUUUGAUAACUAUUGCAUGGAGCAAGGUAUUAAACAUCAGAAAAGUCCUCCCAAGACUCCUCAGUUGAAUGGCUUAGUCGAGAGGAUGAAUAGAACUUUGAUGGAGAGAGUUAGAUGUUUGCUUGCUGAAGCUAAAUUGCCUAGAGCUUUUUGGGCAGAAGCUCUUAAUAUAGUGGCGCAUGUUAUCAAUUUGUCUCCCACCAUUGCUUUGGAUAAUGAUGUUCUUGAUAGAGUUUGGUAUGGCAAGGAUGUUUCUUAUGAUCACUUGCAGGUUUUUGGAGUUCAAGAUGCUCAUGUAGAUGCAAAUGAUCUUGAUGCUCCUUUCAAUGAAGCAGUGAAUGAUCAGCAGGAUGUUCCUAUAGAGGUCCCAGUAGAUCCACUUAGAAGACCUAGCAGGGAAAGGAGACCCUCAUCUCGUUAUCCUUCUACCAUGAAGGAUGAGAUGAAAUCUUUGCUUGAUAAUCAUACCUUUGAUUUGGUUAACUUGCCAAAAGACAGGAAAGCUUUGAAGAAUUGGUGGGUUUAUAGGGUGAAACAUGAAGAUGGCACCUUGGUUCCACGGUACAAAGCUAGACUUGUUGUUAAGGGCUUUAGUCAGAAAAAAGGUGUUGAUUUUAAUGAGAUUUUUUCUCCAGUUGUAAAAAUGUCUUCAAUCAGAGUUGUGUUGGGUUUAGUAGCAUGUCUUGAUUUGGAAGUUGAACAAAUGGAUGUGAAAAAUGCUUUUCUCCAUGGUGAUCUAGAUGAGGAAAUUUAUAUGGAGCAACGAGAAGAUUUCAAAGCCAAAGACAAAGAGGAUUUUGUGUGUAGAUUGAAAAAGAGAUUGUAUGGCCUAAAACAAGCUCCCAAGCAAUGGAUCAAGAAGUUGAAGCAAGAAUUGAACAAGUCUUUUGCUAUGAAAGACUUAGGACCAGUAAAACAGAUUCUUGGCAUGAUGAUCAAUUGCGAUAGGGUAUCUAGGAAGUUGUGGUUAUCACAAGAUAAGUACAUUGAAAGAGUACUUCAAAGGUUUCAAAUGGACAAGGCUAGGGUGGCCAAUACUCCUUUAGCUAUACACUUCAGAUUGAGCAAGGGUCAAUGUCUUUCCAAUGAUGAAGAGAAGGAUGAUAUGCAGAGAGUUCCUUAUGCAUCUACAGUGGGCAGCUUAAUGUAUGCAAUUGGGUAGCUUAAUGUAUGCAAUGGUUUGCACAAGACUAGAUAUUGCUCAUGCAGUGGGUCUAGUCAACCGUUUUCUUUCCAAUCUAGGGAGAGAACAUUAGGAUGCAAUGAAAAGGAUUAUGAGAU